GACAAAAUACAAGCACGUCGUGCUCUCUCGGUAAACAUUUCGCGGUUCUUAUUCAUUGCUUAUAUAAAUUUCUUCCCAAUUUCUCAACCCUAAAGCUGAAACGAAGGCGAACAAAACAACAAGUACAAGAAUGCAAGUCUUGAAAGCUCACAGGACUAUUGGUAUAAAUGAUUCGGUUAGGUCGUUACGGUUUGUUCGGUACAUGGUGACGCGCUGCAGGGCCGUGGUGCUGCCGCGGUUCGGUGGGCCGGAGGUGCUGGAGAUCCGGCCCGAUGUGGAGGUUCCCGAUCUCAAGCCUAAUGAGGUUCUUGUUAGAACCAGAGCUGUCUCUAUCAAUCCACUUGAUACAAGAAUGCGAUCAGGCUAUGGUCGUUCCUUAUUUGAACCUCUUCUACCUCUCAUUUUGGGUCGUGAUGUUAGUGGUGAAGUAGCGGCAACUGGAGCUUCGGUGCGGUCUCUGAGUGUAGGACAAGAAGUUUUUGGGGCAUUGCAUCCAACUGCUGUGAGGGGUACUUAUGCUGACUAUGCAGUUCUUUCAGAGGAUGAACUCACUCUAAAACCUGUAUCAGUUACUCACGUGGAAGCAAGUGCAAUUCCUUUUGCUGCGCUGACUGCAUGGCGUGCUCUGAAAGGCACUGCUAGGAUAACAGAGGGGCAAAGUUUGUUAGUUAUAGGCGGUGGAGGAGCAGUAGGUUUUUCUGCAAUUCAACUUUCAGUAGCUGCAGGGUGCCAUGUUGCUACUACCUGUGGAAGCAAAAGUAUAGAGCGAGUGCUGGCAGCUGGUGCUGAGCAAGCUGUUGACUAUACUGCUGAGGACAUUGAAUUGGCAAUAAAGGGGAAGUUUGAUGCUGUAUUGGACACUAUUGGUGGACCAGAGACAGAAAGAUUAGGCAUCAAUUUUUUGAAGAGGGGUGGACAUUAUAUGACACUUCAUGGUGAGGCAGCAUCACUGGCAGAUGCAUAUGGACUAGCCGUUGGGCUUCCUGUUGCUACAGCUGUCUUAUUGAAGAAAAGGCUUCAAUACUGGUAUUCACAUGGAAUAGAAUAUUCGUACAUAUAUAUGCGCGCUGAUGCAGAAGGUCUAGAUGAGAUUCGCCGGCUGUCUGAAGCUGGAAAGCUGAAAAUACCUGUUGACAAAACGUUUCCCAUAAUACAAGUGAAAGAGGCUCAUGAAGCUAAAGACAAGAGACUCAUUUCUGGUAAAGUGGUGCUGGAAUUUGACUGACUCUAAUUUCCAGAAGCUUAUAUACUGAUGGAAUCUUUCAGUUAUAGAUCCCAUCAAUUCCAGUAAGCCUUCACAUUCUUGCAAGGGUUCUUUAACUCAUAUUCCGAAGCUCAUUGCUUCAUUUUUUUCACUCGUAUAGCAAAGAAAAUUUUGUGAGUCAUAAUGAUCAAAAUCCAGUUGAGAAACUGUAAAUGUUUUAGAAGGGUUUAAUCUCAAGUGGUGAUGGGUAGUUGUGACAGGAUAGAUCUUUUGGUUGAGAACUUACCUAUAUUAUUCAAAAUCCUUUUAGAAUAAUCUUUUUCUUUUUUAUGUAGAGUUGAACCAUUUGAAGUGAGAUGGAAAUAGAAAACAGUUAAUUGUUGUUUUGUUUGUUUUAA